UGUCAGGCGAUGUGACAACGUAGCAACAUCAGUGAUUAGCUAGAAUCCCAGAUUUAAAAAAAAUCAACCAGUUCGACAGUAUUGCAAACCCUGGAGCUGGGCUUAAACUAGAAUCUCCCAUCUCAGAAGUAGGGACGGUACCAAUGCACCGCAACGUCCUUUCGUCCUAACUGUAGCUAAAUUGGUGGAUUUACGUUUUACAGCUGGGGGACAGUAAAAGGGUGUCUGAAAAUCCCUUUAAAGAUUUGCAUAAUGAGCUCCUGCAGUUAGAUUGACAUCACUUCCUCUGGUCUGGAUAUUUUAAAAAAUCGCUGCUUUGAUCUCAGGCGCCUUCACACAAGGAGAGGACGAAGGUAUCGUCAUUCCCCGCAUCCCUUCCAUUUAGCCGCUCAAAAAAUCAUUCCAAAUUCUCCCGUGAAUCUUCCAGUUUAUUUUGCAAACUGCCCCUGACACCAAGUCAAAACCAACCCAGCCCCCCCUUACCCCAUAAAAAAAGACUAUUACUCUCUCAAAUGCAAACUCCAUUGACACCUCAGUUCAAGAUGAUUUGCAACGUGUUUUUGGCCUGGAUUCUGUUCUGUUCCCAGGUGACCUCCAGACCUGCAAUAUCUGAGCUGCCGAGGGAAGAUCAGAUGGUGACCCGGUGUAUUGCUGAGGCGAUUUCGGAUACACUUUCCAAACCUGACCCCUUGCCAGUCAGCAACAAAUGUAAAAAGAUCCUCAAAGAAGAUGAAAGGAUUCUGGCCAUGGUGCGUCAUCAAAGCCUUCUGAAAGAGCUGGAAGAACUGACAUAUCUCAGGCAGACCAGAGAAGGCUCAACUGAGAGAAAUGAUAAAAAAUUGAACUACCUGGAGGAGGAAAGCAUUGAAUCGAAAGAACAGGAAGACAUGAAGAAGCAAUACAUGUUGGACAAGAGGAAAUCAAGUGCUGGGAUCAGAGAUGGUAUCGAUCAACGAAGAAGAGCCAAUUCUAAGAAGGAUGUCCCUUUAAAAAGAGAGGAAGGCCUGGGGAAAUAUGAAGGAAAUGAAGAGGAGCUGAGGGAGCAGCAUGAUUAUAAAGUGGUGAAUGGCGAAGAUGACACCAAACUAGUCCUCCGCGAAAGCGAGGAAGAACUGAGUGAUGACGAUAACAGGAGUCCUGAUUGGAGACGCCGAGUGUCCUCCGAGGAAGAGGAUUCACUAUCCAGAGAAGAUGAGCAGGAGGACCGCGACGUCCUCAAAAUAGACAAACUGAUCGAGAAGAUUGCCAGGGAGGAACUGGAAGAUGAAGAUGACAAGCAAAUCGAAGAGAAGAAGCAUCACACCAAAGAGUAUGGCUCCAAGAAAAGAAGCAAGGAAGCUCCAGGCCAUGUUAAGAAGCGAGUUGAAGAGAAUGCCAGCGAUGAAGAAACUGAUCAGUUUGAAACUGAGGAUAAGGGAGUCAAGGUCUUUGAUUCCAAGAGCCAUAUGCAUGAGUCUGAUGACAAGCGCUCCCUUGAGAAAAAAUCACAGGAUAACAAGAGACACCACUUACAGGAAGAAGGUGUGGGUUUGAAGAGACAAGAUGAUGGGCUCAACUACCUGGAGGAGAGGCAUCAAGAUAUUGAAAACAACCAAGAAGAAGAGGAGGAUGAGGAGGAGGAGGAGGAGGAGAGGAGGCAACUGCUCUAUGAGCCACACAGGCGAAGGAACCUCAUUGCGAUCGAGAAGGAGCUGAAGAGCAUUGCCGAGAAGCUGAGGGAAAUCCGGAAAGGUUAAGGUGUUUCCGCAAGAGUUGAGCUGCCUCUCCCUCUCAGUCAUGUGUUUCAUUUGUUAACAUUCUCCUCCUGUAUCUCAGCGGCAAUGUACUGUUAUCGUCUCAAGGCUGGAAGCUGCACGGUGUGGCGCUGUGGAGCACGGUGCGGCGCUGUUGUGCACGGUGCGGCGCUGUAGAGCACGGUGCGGCGCUGUUGUGCACGGUGCGGCGCUGUUGUGCACGGUGCGGCACUGUAGAGCACGGUGCGGCGCUGUUGUGCACAGUGUGGCACUGUGGAGCACGGUGUGGCACUGUUGUGCACGGUGUGGCGCUGUUGUGCACGGUGCGGCGCUGUUGUGUACGGUGCGGCGAUGUUGUGCACGGUGCGGCGCUGUUGUGCAUGGCACAGUGCAGUGGUGCAUGGUGUGGCACUGUUGUGCACGGCACAGUGCAGUGGUGCAUGGUGUGGCACUGUUGUGCACGGCACAGUGCAGUGGUGCAUGGUGUGGCACUGUUGUGCACGGCACAGUGCAGUGGUGCACGGCACGGCGCAGUGGUGCACAGUGCAGUGCAGUGGCGCAUGGUGCAGCACUGUUGUGCAUGGCAUGGUGCAGUGGUGCACGGUGUGGCACAGUGCGGCGCAGUGGUGCAUGGUGCAGCGCAGUGCUGCAUGGUACAGUGAAACAGCCUUCAUUACUUGUCUACAUUGGCAAUGUCACCCACUCAUGAAAGGAGUCGGAUUUGGCAGAGGGGGAGAAAUUAAAUUUAAAAGCCACUCCUAGAGUCACCAGGUAAGGACUCCAGAUUCCCUUCUCUAAAGGACAUUAGUGACCCAGUUUGGGCAUUUGUCAUCCAGAUUUUUGUGUUUACUUGAAUUCCAGUUCUUCCAUCUGCCAUGGUAGGGUUCAAACCCAGAUCCCCAAGAACGUUACUACAGUCUCUAGAUUAAUAGUCUAGUGAUAAUUUUUACAGAUGUUCUGCCCUCGAGGGCAAUAUGGCACAGGCCCACAGCAAAUGGAGAAUUGUCCUGGGAGGAGAGAUGGAGUGAACCUGCCCGUCAUCUCUGGGGUUGGGAGGAAUGAGAGGCAAUUGCUUUGGAAUGGGUGGGAUACUGGUAACAGGCAGGUGAUUGGCGCUAACUGAUGGUGCUCACAAUGGGCUGAACGGCCUCUUUCUGCGCCAUAAAAAUGCUGAGGACGCAGUCUACUGAUGGGGAAUUUGUCCUGAUUGUAGGCUCUGGAGUUGGAGUGGGGAGCAUUUCGGACUGAGACGAAGAGAAACCUCUUCACCCGGAAUGCAAGGGAGCCUUUGGAAUUCUCUGAACAGUGGGUGUUCAGCCAUCGAGGGGGGACUGGAGGCUGACUUUGAUAAUUGGAUAUUGAGGUGGUGAAGUGUGCCAACAUUAGCCCUAAUCUUGUUGGAUGGCGGGAUAGCCACCCAUUGAGAUUUCUCUAUUAAACCUGCUCAACAACCAUGCUCGCUAUAAUUCCAUUAGCCAAUCCAGGAUAGGGGGAACCAAAUGGUCUGUUCCCUCUCCUUCUGUUGUGCAACUGAGGGCAUCAUUAAAUAAAUUUGGCUUUUAAUCUGAUCCUGCUGACAAUGUCCUUUAAAUUAUAUUCCUUUGUUGACCCACUGUCUUAACGUUGAAACCAAUUGGUCUUCCACCUACCGAGAAGAUUAUAUUUAAAUUAGAGGAGGAUAUAGCCAGAUACCCCCCUCAAUCGUCAUGUUAAGGGACAAUGGGGUGGAUUGUACAAUUCAUUCUGUUGUCAGUGUGGCCUCGUCAGUCUCGAUCUCAUUAAUGACGUUGCCUUGACAACAGAAUGACAAGCCUUCUAAAUAAGGCGGCCCACAAAUUGAUACCAGCAUAAAAAUAUCAAUCAUCUGAUGCGAGUAGGGAUUGAUGGGUGAUUCUAGGAGAGAUCAGAGGCACUGCUGAAGCUGAACGAUGAAGUGCCGUGGGAAAGUGAGGAAUCCCGGAAGCCCUAGCGGGCAGAACUUUGACCUUUCAGUCUGGGAGGAAUUUGGGUUCUUGCCCAGGAAAAGGAUGUCAAGGCAAGAUGGGGUUGCUGGUGGUGGGGUGGCGGCGGAGGGGGGGGGGGGGUGGUUCAAAACAGCUCAAGCUGUCCUGAGGUGGUCACGAUUACAGAGGAAAACUCAAAAACCACUCGCUCGUUCUGAAGAGGCAGAUUGAAAGAUGAAUUCGGAAACAUUAUUCUUGGAACAACCAGCUGGUAUGCUGUCUGUAAUGAGUAGAAUAUAACUUACAAACCCUUAUUGUCAGGAAACGGGAUCGUUGACCACUUUCUUCUAACGCCUACUUUUACUGAGUAGGUGUAGAUGGGAUGUUUCCUUGGUUGGGAAGGAGGAAGUGUCUAGAACAAACAGGGAUACAACUGGGAUAAGGGGGUCGGCCAUUUUGGAUUCACAGGAGGAGGAAUUUCUUCCCUCAGAGGGUGGUGAAUCUUUGGAAUUAUAGCGAGCACAGUUGUUGAGCAGGUUCAAGAGAGAAAUCUCAAUGGCUGGAUAUUGAGGGGUGUGGGUAUGUUUCUGGCAGGGUCAAUGGGCCGAAUGGUCCACUUCUCCUCCUACUUUAUGUUUCUACAGGAAAACUAGAGGGUAUUAGCUCAUGUUGGAUAGCAGACCAGGUUGAGGGUGCUGGGCAGAAUGGCCUCCUCCUGGCUCUAUUUCCUAUGCCCUCCAAUUGGGCAGGUACAAAUUAUUUCUUUUGUCUCCACUAUUAAUUUUGAGAUUGAAUGCCAGUCUCCUAGUCCCUGUAUUACCGUACGGUAUACCCAUCACAAAUUGCCCUGUGCCCUCUUUGAAUAGAGAAGUUGACUUCUACUCCAGGUGGGAGCUGUGUUUGACCCUAUCGAUGGGGAUGAGACAAUUUCCUACUCUCUGGUGUUGUUAGUGAGCUGUCAUUAACAUCAUUUCAGCAGAGCUGGAGCAUCAAAGUAAAAACCUGCUUUCAGUUGCUUACCAUUUAUAAGUGAGGGCUAGGCCUUUCGGGUUUCAAUGUUCAAUGACCACUACAUAAAAGCAGGACUGAAGACCAGGGGGCAGAGGGAGGGUUCAACUGUUCUAGAUUUUUCUCCCAAAACGCAGCAAUAGCAGCCUAACCUCCCCAAGAACUGCAGCAGUUCUAGGUGAUAAAAUUCUGGCCUAAUCAGCAACACAAACAGGCGAAUCUAAAAACAAAAAUGCCAAACAUGGCAACAGUUUUGGAGAGGGGUAGGGAAGUCAUUGUCGACUUUGAAAGGAUUAAAAUGGAAACAAGAUCAGUAACUGGCCCAAAAACGGACCACCAUCUGUCCGAUUGACACAGUUUGCGCAUGUUGCUAUGGAAACCCAACAGAGGCCUGGAACUGCAGGCUUCACCGUGGAUUGAUCCAGAGUUAGUCGCAGGGCAACAGCGCACAGUGAGGGAUCCUCGACUGGGUCAGGGGCAGAGGGGAGGCUAGAAACAAGAUAUUAGAUGUCCAAAGCACCCAGAUUUCAUUGUGUGAAUGACAUUGCCAUUCUGACUGUUAUAUUCUCCUUUCCCAAUGAACUCAAACUGUCCUGUUAAUUAUUAAGCCAUUUCUUUCUGUUCCUUUGAAUAUUUACAGCAGUAUAUUUGUGUCCUCAUGAUGAUUGUAAGUUGUAUGGUCAAAGAUGCCUGAGGCGAGUCUGUCUUGCAGUUACUAGCACAGCUUUGGUUCAUGUUCAUGUUCAUCAUCAUCAUCACCACACAAUGUAUUCAAAUUCCAUCAAGGCGUGACAUAAUAAAUCAUUUGACAUUACCACC